AUGGCUAGAGGGAGGCAGGGAUGGGCUGGGGGAGCCCACAGGGGUCCUUCAGAGCCCUUGGGAGCCCUUUCUCUGGCUGCAUUGGCUGAGGGGAUCCAGAUCAGCCGAGAGGGCACUAGACCCAGUCAAGGGCAGCCCCUCCAGGAGUCUGAGAGUCCCGCUGAACUAGUCAUUGCACCAAGGACAGAGAGUCUGGAACCUGAUACUGCCACUGGGGUGCUGAGCUCUCCAAAGGCUUCUAGCUUGGACCCUGAGCCCCAGCCCUGGGAGCCUGAACAGCAUCCUCAGAGCCCUCUGGUCCCUGGUUCCUUGGCAGAUUUUGCUGUUCAAACUGUGGUCUGCCUUGAGGAUGCUGGUAUCUCAGGGACCCAGGCCUUGGCCUUCAGUCUCUCCUCGGCCUUGGAGGCUCAGGGUGGACAGCUCCCAGAAAAGGUACGGGAGGUGGUCCAGGGACUGCAUGGACAGAUGGCUCAGCUCUUGGAAGGCAGGGCAAGGAGGGUGGCCCUGAGAGCACUUUGCUCGUUGGCUGCAGAACACACACACGAAGUGGUCCAGACCCUAUUGUCUCACUCUCUGCCCUGUGACAGUGCAGCAGCUGAGUUGUGGCGAGGCUUGAGCCGGAACCAGAGGGUGAACGGGCUGGUCCUGGUGCACCUGCUACAGGAGGUGAAGGGCCCACCCCAGAUCCAGGGUCCCAGCCCCAGCUCCAGCCCAGGCCUGAGUCCCCAGGCAGUCAAGCCCAAAGCCCAGGCAUUGGCUGCCACAAGAGCACUAGGAGAGAUGUUGGCAGUGUCAGGAUGUGUGGCUGCCACAAGGGGCUUCUACCCACAAGUGCUCAUUGCGCUGGUUACACAGCUGCACCAGCUGGCCUGGUGUGCCCACUCCCCCCAGGUUCAAGUGAAGGUCCUCGGUCCUCCCCCCAACCAUGCUAGCUGUGCUGUGGAAGCUUUGAAGGCCCUUCUCAAUGGGGAUGGAGGUCGAAUGGUGGUGACCUGCAUGGAGCAGAGUGGGGGCUGGAGGCGACUCAUAGGAUCUGGGACCCAUCUGGAGGGUGUCCUCCUGCUGGCCAGUGCCCUGGUGGCUCAUGCUGACCACCACCUGCGUGGGCUCUUUGCAGACCUACUUCCACGGCUACAAAGCACAGAUAAAGCCCGACGCCUGACUGCCAUGGCAUUCUUCACUGGGCUUCUUCAGAGUCAGCCCACGACAAGGCUGUUGAGAGACGAAGCCAUCGUGCAACGUCUGACCACCUGGCAGGUGGACCCUGAGCCCACUGUGCGCUGGCUCGGCCUUCUGGGCCUGGGUCACCUGGCCCUGAACCGCAGAAAGGCGCGGUACGUGGGGACGCUGCUCCGGGCUCUGCUGUGCGCGCUCGGCGAGGCGGACACGCGGCUGGUGGGGGCUGCCCUGGGCGCGCUCCGGAGGCUCCUGCUGAGGCCUGUGGCCCGGGCGCGCGUGAGCGCGCAAUGCACCAGCCUGGGCUCGCGCUUGAGGCCGCUGCUGGACCACGACCAGGAUUCUGUGCGUGCCUCGGCUAUCGGGCUCCUCGGUACCUUAGUGGGUCGUUGCUCCCCGCGGCGCGCAAGGGCGGUACGCGAGCUGGUGCUGGGCAGCCUAGUGACCCUGUUGCUGCGCCUGCAAGACCCGAGCCUGGAUGCCGCUGAGAGUGCAGAGUGGACAUUAGCUCGUUGUGACCGAUUCCUUCGCUGGAGUCUCUUGGAGGAAAUCUCAGCCAUGGUUCACUAUGAUAGCCCGGAGGCUCUAAGCCGCACUUGCAGACGACUGGUGCAGUGGUACCCUGGCAGAGCCUCUGACUUCUUGAGCCAGGCCCAGGGCUACCUGAGGAGUCCCCAGGUUCCCAUUCGCCGAGUUUCAGCCAUGUUCAUAGGGUUUCUGAUCCAUCACAUGGACCCUGACUGUGUUAACCCUGGUCUGGUGGACUCACUGCUACAUGACCUUGGAGAAAUGCAGUGGGAUGCCGAGCCUUGCAUUCGAGAUGUUUCCCACAUCACCAUGCACCAAGUGCGGCUAGUGUGUCGGGACCAGGACUCCCAUGGACAUGGCAGCUUCUCCCCUUGGCAGCUGUUCUGUUGCUGGGGCCACCGCCAAGAUCGGGAGAGACCAGUCUAUGAGGACAGCCCCUUCAAGCCUAGGAGCCGGGCUGGCCUAUGGGGGUGUGGGGGGCCAUCCUGAGCUGUCUCCUAGCUCGGUUUAAAGACCAUUGUUUAGCCAAGUAAGCAAGGUCCCUUGCCCUUGCCCAGACCUCACCUAGGUAUUCACAGCCUGUGCAUGGAGAUGGAUUCCUUAAACCCUUCAUGGGGGGAAGCUUCCCAGGUAUAUCUGCCUGGGAGCCUGUUCCUGGGGGAAGGGUGGAGCCCCUGGACA